AUGUAUGAUCCAAAAGCGUAUAACUCGCUACCAUCACUCCGUCAAGCCGCAGAGCGGCUGGGUGAAGAUGUUAGAAAGCAUCUUUUUGGCGAGAUUCGUCAGAUGUUCCUCGACAACAAUGUCUACGAAAAGUACGGCAUCAGCUUGCUGCACAAACACUUCCCCAUUGGUGAAGAAGAUCGGCUAGUCGACUGUCGACAUACCUCAACAGCUUGGAAAGUGGGCGAUGAGCGUGACGAUAUGGUCAAGAAAUAUGAAGGCCUUAUCACGCCUCGUUCGUUUCGGCUCUGGGGCGGGUUACCAGUUCCCUAUGAAUUCGCUUUCUCCCCAACUAUGCCGAUGUAUGAUGCAAAGUUCGAACACCGAGUGUUUGAUUUGCUCCGUGGACUUGGUCUAGAGGGAGUAUUUGGUCUACGAUAUCUAGAUGAGUAUGAUCCGAAUUUGUCGAUGGAGAUCACCGAGGAGAAUGCGAAUAUCAUGAUGCCACGUGGGUCCGUCCCUGACUCUAGUCUUAUUGAAGCAUUGUGGGUGUUUAGUCCCAGGGAUGACGACCGCUGCCACUGCCGAGAAGUCUGCUUUAAAAAAAGUGAGGGACAUGAAAAUGACCAUAGUUGCGGGUAG